UGUUAGUUAUCAUAUAUUCCACGUAAUGUUACUUUCAUAACAGAUUGAGACUCUUAACAUCUUGUCUCCGGAUCUGCUUGAAUGUCCGUCUGCAUCACGUGAUCUCGCUCAGGUCAUCUGUAAGAUGCCUUAUCUGAAGAACCUGAUACUCGGCGGUCAUUAUCACGCUGACUUCUACUCAUCAUCUUCGUCGAUGGCAUCAUCUGCAAAGAUUGAGACUCUUCACAUCUUGUCUCUGGAUCUCACUAAACGUCCGUUUGCAUCACGUGGUUUCGCUCAGUUCAUCUGUAAGAUGUCUAGUUUAAAGAGCCUGACACUCGGUGAGGGGGACGAGAUCUUUCUUCACGAUGACUUCUACUCAUCAUCUUCGUCGAUGGCAUCAUCUGCAAAGAUUGAGACUCUUAACAUCUUGUCUCUGGAUCUCACUAAACGUCCGUCUGCAUCACGUGAUCUCGCUCAGUUCAUCUGUAAGAUGCCACGUUUGAAGAGCCUGACACUCGGUGAGGGGGACGAGGUCUUUCUGCACGAUGACUUCUACUCAUCAUCUUCGUCGAUGGCAUCAUCUGCAAAGGUUGAGACCCUUAACAUCAGGAAUAAUGAGGAUCUCAGUGAACGUCCCUCUGCAUCACGUGAUCUCGCUCAGUUCAUAUGUAACAUGCUCCAUCUGAAGGACCUGUCACUCAAGGGUCAUAUAAUUUUGCUAUCAUUACAGAUUGAGACUCUUACCAUCUCGUUUGUGGAUGUCAGUGUACGUCCCUAUGCAUCACGUGAUCUCGCUCAGUUCAUCUGUAAGGUGCCUCAUCUGAAGAACCUGUCACUCGGCGGUCAGUAUCACGAUGACUUCUACUCAACAUCUUCGUCGAUAGCAUCAUCUGCAAAGAUUAAGACUCUUAACAUCAGGUAUGCGGAUGUCAGUGAACGUCCCUAUGCAUCACGUGAUCUCGCUCAGUUCAUCUGUAAGAUGCCUCAUCUGACGAACCUGUCACUCGACGGUCAGCAUCACGAUGACUUCUUCUCAACAUCUUCGUCGAUGGCAUCAUCUGCAAAGAUUGAGACUCUUGAAAUCCGGUCUGAGGAUCUCCAUGGACGUCCCUCUGCAUCACGUGAUCUCGCUCAGUUCAUCUGUAAGAUGUCUCAUCUGAAGGACCUGACACUCGGUAGGGGCAGCUACAUGCACAGGGUCUCGCUUCAUGAUGACUUCUACUCAACAUCAUCGUCAAUGGCAUCAUCUGCAAAGAUUGAGACUCUUUACUUCCACUCUUGGGGUCUCAGUGAACUUCCCUGUGCAUCACGUGAUCUCGUUCAGUUCAUCUGUAAGAUGCCUCAUCUGAAGAAGCUAUCACUCGAAGGUCAGUAUCACGAUGACUUCUACUCAACAUGGUCAUCGAUAGCAUCAUCCGCAAAGAUUGAGACUCUUUACUUCCACUCUUGGGGUCUCAGUGAACUUCCCUGUGCAUCACGUGAUCUCGCUCAGUUCCUCUGUAAGAUGCCUCAUCUAAAGGAACUGACACUUCAUGGUCAGCGUCACGAUGACUUCUACUCAACAUCGUCAUCGAUGGCAUCAUCAGCGAAGGUAUUGAUUUGA